GGUUGUGCCCAGAUCUCUGACCCUGAAGCCUGUGACCAAAUGUAUGAGAGCUUAGUGAGGAUCCACACCAACUUCUACAAAAACAAGUACCCACGCCUGAAAGACACCACCUUCACCGGGGUGACAGUGGAGGAUUGCAGGAUGAUCCUGGCCACAGACAUUCUGAAACAGAUGGAAGACAUAAAAAAAGGGACGUGGAAAAGACUGCGGGAAAAGUUCUCUGCCAAGAAACCCGAGGACGACUUGAAGUGAGGGCCCAGCUCUCAGCUCCUCCACUGUACAUAUCCCUGAAGCUCUGUGUGUUGCCAUGAUGAAUAAAACUGCUUAUUCCUCUUA